AUGGACGGGACGAAUAUCAGAUUAUCAAAAAUUCAAAAAGAGCGUGAAUUGAUGGCGUUGCAGCAAGUCUCUUAUUCGGUGGAACAGCUCAAGCAUAGAUUAGAAUCGAUCGUGGACCGAUUUGAAAAGAUUAAUGAAGGUACAGAGGCAGUGAAAAUCGUAUUAUCGAAUUGGAAUGAUGUGAAACGGGUGAUAUCCAUGGCCACUUUGAGUCUUGCUAAUUAUUCAGACGAGGAUUACCGGAACCUGGGUAAGUUGCCGUUGACUGAAGGUGCGGUUCGUGUACUAAUCGAGAAUGAAGAGAUAGCAACAGCUGGUGAUAAUUCAGAUCUACCUAAAGAAAUCCAAAAAGAUAAUGAUGAUGAUGAUAAUAAUAAUAAUAGCAAUAGGAUGAACGGUGAGGAGGAAACUACAUAA